GAACCCCUUAUCAAGGGCGCUGCCGCGCUGCAACCUGGAGUAACUUUCAGUGACCCACAUUCUGACGACAGCUGUGCACGUAAAGGCGAUCGCGUUCGAUGCCUUCGCGACCCUAGAGUCGCGAGAGUAGCAUACAUUAUCAGAUUGCUACGUAAUGAGGCACUGUGCAAUCACGUUGUAGAAAACAUAGAAAACGCACGUGAGCCUAUUUCGCUUCCCACUUCCCGUGAUGCCUCGAAAGCACUUCCUUGCGCUUCCCACGCACACGGCGGCUAACGAAAAAAGACGAACAUUCCGUGAGCCGCAUUUCCUUGCCCGCAUUUUCGAAGGGCGGUUUGUUUCCUAGCGUAGAUUUGCGACGAGGCCGACCGUGGGUGAAUUUGACGGUACGUGAUGGGUCCCGAAAAAGAUGUCGACCAGAAGCCAACCGAGCCCGCCGUUGGCGAGAAGGCUGCCACCGCACUCGAUAACCAGGCAAAGGCUGCUGCUCCUGACGUUACGGCUACCACUGCCGACGUCACAGAAGACAAAGCCGUGAAGAAAGAAACCGACAAGGUUCCCGAUUCCGAAGCCAACGAGAUAAACAUGGAAGACGUUGCCACUCCCAAGAGCAAUGGAUCUUCAGAUCAGGCGGCCGCAUCCGAGGGCAGACGCAGGGGUUCGAGGCAGAAUGGGGAAUCUGGGGAAGCACAGAGAACCCCUCGGACGCCCAAAAAGAGGAAACCCAGAAGGGACCAGAACGGGCACAGCCAGAGCGAGCCAGAGUCUACGGACAGGGAGGGCGGCUCAAGGCCCCCCGGCGGACAGCGCAGGCAACGGGACCGGUCCGACGGACGGCCCAGGGUGGACAUGGACGAGAGCAUCCCGGAGUCCCACCGUUAUGUUUGGGCUGACGAUGUGUACAAGCGUUCCCUCUACGUGGGAAACAUGUCUGCGCACGUGACAAAGGACGAGGUGCGAGCACUGUCCGAAGCCAUCAGGAGCGUCAGAUUUGUCAACAGAAGGAGCGCCUUCCUGGACUUUGAGAGCCCCGAGGUGGCGAGCGCCCAGAUGGAAGUUCUGCGUGCCAUGGAGCUGAAGGGGCAGCCCCUUCAGGUGGAGCCCAGCCGGCCGAGGGGCGCCACCACGGCCAAGUCUGACCGUAUGCUCUACGUGCGGGGCAUCCCCGACGAGCAGGGCAUGGACAAGCUGGGACCCCUCUUCCCGUCCGCCUUGCUCAUCGACCGCAGGGAGGGCAAAGUUUUGCUGAGAUUCAAGGAUCACGAGUCUGCCAUUGCUGCCAUAAACGAAGCCAUUGCUCAAGGUGCAGAUGACUGCAAGUUCAGCUUUGCUGCUGCCCGGCCCCGGUGGAACCGAAGGAACACCCCCCGCCCAAUGUACCGCAGGCCCGGGGCCAAGUUCAUCAAGCAAGAGACUAGGCAGGACUGAAGAGGGGACCCCCGGUUGAGCUGACUUCUUUCAUCCACGACAUGCAAGGUGCAAUAGCUGGAAAUUGACGAGAGCAUCAGGGUGAUGUUAAUCGCUGGUCAAAGUCUAUAGAUUGUUAAGUAACAAUUAAAAAUCUGUUGUUUUUUCUUAAGUUAUUUUAUAUGUUUAUUUUGUUUUUAUAAGGAUAAAAAUAAAGAGUGCCUUAGCAAAA